AGUCAUGGCUGGACACCGAGGAGGAGGUGGAGGAGUAAGGAGAGGAGUCAUGGCUGGACACCGAGGAGGAGGUGGAGGAGUAAGGAGGAGGCUGACGAUGUGGACUCUGGGGUUCCUGCUGCUGUCGGGCCUCGUGUUCCUGGACACAGAGGCCUCUGCUGAUUGGACGGAGGGUCUGGAGGGUCUGGAGGAACGUGGUGAUUGGACGGGGGAUCUGGAGCAGCGUGGGGGACCGGUUGUGGUUCUGACCCGGAGACGAAGGAACAUCCUGUUCCCCAGUGGAGUGAAGCUCUGCUCCCAGGAGACGUUGGACCAGGCCGUCGCCAACCACCUCAGCUACUUCCACCUCAGAGUGUGUCAGGAGACCAUCUGGGAGGCCUUCCAGAUCUUCUGGGACCGGCUGCCAGAGAGGGACGAGUACCAGGACUGGGUGGGACGCUGCCUGGACGGGUCGGUCAACGCCGUGGACGUGGGCGUCUUCUUCAGCCAAUCAGAGGAGCACGACCGCCUCAUCAGGAGCAGAGUCGCUAUGAUGACCGCCGUCAACAGUGGCCCCACCCCCUCAGGCCCCGCCCCCUGCAGCUCUGAAGACCCGACCGUCCAGACCGGAGACUCAACCACAGAGACUCAUCCAGGGGAGGACGCUGCCGUCUUCAACCGGGGCCUCUCUCCACCCUCUGGUGUUCCUCCAGAAGAUGACAAGGUUCUUGAGAGGACCACUGAGAACGUUGGUGGACCUGGAUCUGAAGUUAGUCCUGAAGUCCAGGACCCUUCAGAGGUUCCUCAAGAGGUUCCUCCUGAAACAUUUACUAGUCUAGUGACGGUGGUUGAGGUUCCCUCAGAACAUCCUUCCGAGGUUCUUUCAGUGGUUCUUACAGAAACAUCUACCACUCCAGUGAUGGUGACCAGGGUUCCUUUAGAGGUUCUUUCAGGAGUUCUCCCAGAGGUUCCUGCAGAAGUUACUUCAGAGGUUCCUCCAGAGGUUCUAUCAGAGGUUCUUUCAGAGGUCCUUCCAGAAGUUCCUUCAGAGGUUCCUCCAGAAGUUCCUUCAGAGGUUCUUCCAGACACUCCUUCAGAGGUUCCUCCAGAGGUUCUGUCUGAGGUUCUUUCAGAGGUUCUUCCAGAAAUUCCUUCAGAGGUUCCUCCAGACAGUCCUUCAGAGGUUCCUCCAGAAGUUCAUGUAGAGGUUCUUUCAGAGGUUCCAUUAGAUGUUCUCCUAGAAACAUCUAACACUCCAGUGACAGUGGACAAGUUUCCUUCAGAGGUUCCUCCAGAAGUUCCUUUAGAGGUUCUCUCAGAGGUCCCUCCAGAGGUUCCAUCAGAGGUUCCUCCUGAAGUUCUUGUAGAGGUUCCUCCAGAGGUUCCAUCAGAGGUCCCUCCUGAUGUUCUUUCAGAGGUUCCUCCAGAAGUUCCUGUAGAGGUUCUUUCAGAGGUCCAUCCAGAGGUUCCAUUAGAGGUUCUUCCAGAAACAUCUACCACUCCAGUGACGGUGGAAGAGGUUCCUUCAGAAGUUCCUUCAGAGGUUCUUUCGGAAGUUCCUUCACAGGUUUCUUCGGAGGUUCCUUCAGAAACAUCUACCGCUCCAGUGAUGGUGGAGGAGGUUCUUUCAGAGGUUCCUCCCAAGGUUUCAUUAGAGGUUCUCCCAGAAACAUCUACCACUCGAGUGAAGGUGGAUGAUGUUCCUUCAGAAGUUCUUCCUGAGGUUCCUGCAGAGGUUCCUUCACAGGUGGUUCCAUUAGAGGUUCUUCCAGAAACAUCUGCCUCUGCUGUGACAGUGGAGGAGGUUCCUUCAGAAGUUCCUUCAGAGGUUCCUCCGGAAGUUCUUUCAGUAGUGACUCCUGAGGUUCCUGAAUCAGAAGUUCCUGAAGAAUCUGAAGGCGACACAGAUGUUCCAGUGGUAGAACCUCCUCUAGAAGCUGCUGUUAGUCCAGAGGAAACUCCAGCCGUCUUUGUGACAACAGAUGCAGACCUAGAACCUGUCUCAGAAACAGUAUCUACGUCUCAGGACCUCGUUCUGACAACAAUAAAUGAGACAGAAGAAGAAGAACCCUCUGAAGCUGUGGUAGAAAUAGAAGAGGAACCAGAGCAACCAGGAGAACCAGAGGAACCAGUUCAAGAAGAAGAAAAUACAUCUGUACCACAAAUAGAACCUGUAGAAGAAGAAGAAGGAACAAAACCCACAGGAGAACCAGAACCUGCAGCAGAACCCGAACAUGAACCAGAACCUGCAGUAGAACCCCAACCAGGAGAAAACCUUAGAGAAGAAACCAAACCCACAGAAGAACCAUCACAUGAACCUGAACCUGAGGAACCCAUGGAAGAACUGGAGUCUUCAGAACCACCACUAGAACCUGUAGGGGAACCCACAGAACAGGACGAACCAGCAGGAGGAUCCACGAAGGAGGACACACCUGGACCUCCUUUAACAGCAGAACCUCCACCAAAAACCUCCACGGACACCCCAGAAGACCCAGAGACUCCGGCUCAAACACCUCCAGAAGUUGAGACCGACGUCUCAGAGGAGGUUCAAUCUGAGGAGGACCAUGAGGACCAUGAGGAGGACCAUGAGGACCAGGAGGAACAUGAGGACCAGGAGAACAAUGAGGACCAUGAGGAGGACCAUGAGGAGGACCAUGAGGAGGUCCGUGUCCUGAACCCUGAAGUCACUACUCAGACGCCAGCCAGGUACGAGUUGGUGGAGUCCAACAACGGGAACUUCCCAGACCUGACGGAGGCUGACCAGAACCUUCUGGGGAACCGCAACCUGGACUUGGAGGAGGAGCAGGAGAACUCGAUAGGGAACGAGAUCGAGGCCCCGCCCCUGCUCCGGCCCCCCCGGCCCCUGAAGGACCAGGUGGUGGAGCUGAGUCUGAAGCUCAGAUCUGAGACCUACAACAACGCCCUGAGGGACCCCAGCACCUCCCAGUACCAGCACCUGGCCCGGACCCUCUCACACCGGAUUGAAGAGGUCUUCCUGAGGCUGCCGGGCUUCAAGAGCCUCCAGAUCGUGGAGUUCAGACCUCAGAAAGAUCUGGAGCGGGGUCUGGUGGUCCUGGUGAACUACGCCAUCGUCCUGGAGGUGGAGGGAGGCGUCGCCAACGACACGCUGGACUUCAUCUCCCUGCAGAACAACCUGGUGGAGGAGAACUUCCCCAACGCCGCAGAGCUGCCCACCGUGGUCUACACAAUCACAGACUACCGCAACUACAUCACAGAGGCCCUGCACAGAGACAACUUCAUGAGCAACGACACCCGGGACAACCUGGACACCCUGGGCAACCUGGACACCCUGGACCACAAUGCAGAGAACCUGUUGCCUUCUGGGAAACCGACGAGUCGACCGGCCGACACCUACGACAACAUGGAUAACGUCCUGGCUGCAGAGAAACCUCCCGACGCUCCGAGCCACGAGACCCACGAGGUUUUCCUGAAGAAGGACGACUUCUUGUUCGACCCCUUCGACCAGUGGAAAGGUCCGCAGAGCGAGCCGGCCGGCGAGAACGACGUUCUCCUGUUCGACGAGAGCACGCCUCCUCCGCUGGACUUCCCCAGGAAGACCUCAGACCUGGAGCCAGCGACCGCAAACAAUAAUGUAAAUAUUGAAGACGAGGGGUUCCUGGUCAGUAACGCCCCCGGCACCGGCACCAAGAACCCCAGAGAACACCACGGAUCUGGUCCCACUCCAACGGUCUCCGAGGUCUCAGUAGACGAUGGAUCUGGUUCUGGUUUCUCUGGAGACGGCCAGGGUCCAGAUCUCUGGUCCUGGCAGACCUCAGCCACUUCUGAUGGGGUUUAUAAGAAGGGGGACGUUGGGUUGGAAGGGCUGCCUCCACCGGACCUGGAGGAGGAGGAGGAUGACGACGAAGACGAGCCACCAACCACUGAGAAAGAUUUAGUCUCACUUGGAGUUAAAGACUCUGAUGUUCCCUGGACUUCACGUCCAACUGUUAAAGAACCAUUUCCAGACGUUCACGUUGAAGAACCUUUUCUGGAUCUGGUCCUGAUAACGCCUCACAUCAGCACUGACCCCCGGUACUCCACCACCACCCAGGCUCCCGUGUUCUCGCCCAGAGGAACCCUGACUGUGGAGCUGUCUGUGCAGACAGUGGAGGCCUCCGGCAUCUAUGCCGAUUACUCGGAUUCUCCUGAACCUGAAGCUCGGACUCGGGAGGCCCCUCAUUCUGUAGUCAAGGUUCAGGAAACCUCCACACAGACAGGAGAAUCUACAACCUCUGAACCAGCAGCAGGUGUUCCUGAGGUUGAAGUCUUUGAUCUAGAGCUUCCCACCUUUGUGGAGAUCCAGGCCGUGACAGUCAGUGAAUUCAGCUUCGGUUCAACCACAGAGGAGUCGAUGCCGCUCCAGGAGAAACCAGAACAGCCUCUGGGAACAAAGCACCACCAAGCCAUUGAGAUUUUAGAAGAGCAACACAUUGGCACAACUACAACGACCACGACGACACUGAAAGUCCUGGAUGAGGACCUGGUCGUGGAUGAAGUCCCAGAUGAGGACUUGGUCGUGGAUGAAGUCCUGGUCGUCGCUCCGGUCCUGACCACAUCUACGGGUUCAGACCACGUUAUCGACGCCGAGCUCUCGCCUGAAAAAGACUCGCCGUUCACUCGAGUGUCAGAUUCGGUUCCUGAGGAUGAGGAUCUGAUUCACCAUGAGCACCCAAACCACGAGGAGGACACCGAAGUACCAAUAACCUCUCCAUCCUCAGAAGUUACCCAGUCUCCAGAGGUUUCUGGGUCUUUAGAGAUUCCUGAGUCUCCAGAGGUUCCCCAGUCUUUAGGGGUUCAUGAGUCUCCAGAGGUUCCUCAAUCUCUAGAAGUUCCCAAGUCUCCAGAGGUUCCUGAGUCUUUAGAGAUUCCUGAGUCUCCAGAGGUUCCUGAGUCUUUAGAGGUUCCUGAGUCUCCAGAGGUUCCUGAGUCUUUAGAGAUUCCUGAGUCUCCAGAGGUUCCUGAGUCUUUAGAGGUUCCUCAGUCUUUAGAGGUUCCUGAGUCUCCAGAAGUUCCCAAGUCUCCAGAGGUUCCUGAGUCUCCAGAGGUUCCUGAGUCUGCAGAAGUUCUUGAGUCAUCAGAGGUUCCUGAGUCUCCAGAAGUUCUUGAGUCUUCAGAGGUUCCUUCAGUAAGGCCUGACAUAUUAAACAAAACUGAAGAUGCACCAACUGAUGCAGCAGACACGUUGCCAGGUUCUCCAGGAGACUGGAGCUUGACUGAACCUUCGGGGGGUGAGGUGGGCAGCCUCCAAACACUGCCCCCCUCCCUACAAAGCCCCAACAACGUUGGCGGCAGUGUGGGGACAGAGCUCCAACCCUUUGAACCAGAUUUCUCUGACGUCCCAGGCAUCGACGUCAGCUUCGAUGUAUUCCAGUACGGCGGCGUAGCCACUGAAGGUGACUCCAGUGGGUUCUCCAGCGGAGCUCAGGGCUCAGACCUGGAGGCCAUUGCCCUGCCAACCCGACCUGGCAGAGCUCUGACGGUCUUCUUCAGCUUGAGGGUGACCAACAUGGCGUUCUCCAUGGACCUCUUCAACAAAAGCUCCCCAGAGUACAAGGCCCUGGAGCAACGGUUUCUCCAACUGCUGGUUCCCUACCUGCAGUCCAACCUGAACAACUUCCAAAACCUGGAGAUCCUCAACUUCAGAAACGGCAGCAUUGUGGUCAACAGCAGGAUGAGGUUUGGUAAACCGGUUCCCAAAGAGGUCACCAAUGUCAUCUACCUGAUUCUGGAGGAUUUCGCCAACACCGCCUACCAAACCAUGAACCUGGCUAUCGACAAGUACUCUCUGGACGUGGAAUCAGGAGACCGGGCGGACCCUUGUAAGUUCCAGGCCUGCAACGAGUUCUCCAGGUGCAUGGUGAACCGGUGGUCAGGAGAGGCUGAGUGUGUAUGUGAUGCUGGCUACCUGAGCGUGGACGGGCUGCCCUGUCAGAGCGUCUGCCAGGUCCAACAGGACUUCUGCCUCAACGACGGCAAAUGUGACAUCAUCCCCGGGAAGGGCGCCAUCUGCAGGUGCCGGGUUGGGGAGAACUGGUGGUACCGGGGGGAACACUGUGAGGAGUACGUCUCUGAGCCUCUGGUCGUGGGCAUCGCCAUCGCCUCCGUGGUCGGGUUCCUCCUGGUGGCGGCUGCCAUCAUCUUCUUCCUGGCCAGGACCCUGAGAGAGCAGUACGACGGGGAGGACAGCGAGGACCCUCUACGGCGUGGAGACAGCGUCCCGACUCUGGAGCGAGCCACUAAGUUCAACCCCAUGUUCGAGAGCGACCCGGUGACAGCCCAGUACUACCGUCGCUAUGACGACCAGCCGCCCCAGUACCACCACAGCCGUCGCCAUGACGACCUGCCGGCCUACAGCAGCUCGGACGGAGCCUCCAAAGACCUCAGCAGCGACGAGAUCAGGAACAUCUACCAGAACACCACGCUCACCCCUGAGGAGAUCCAGGAGCGUCUGAGGAUCAUCGAGUUGUUUUCCAGGGACCAACAGUUCGCUGACUUCAUACGACAGACUCAAGUGUUCCUGGAGAGGAGGGGGAGCUCCAGUACAUAGUUCACCUCCAGGUACCACUACCUCCUUCACUUGGACUACACUUCCCAUGAGCCUCAGUGGGAGCUUCCUGUCCACCUGUCCUCAGCCUCUGGUGUCUCUGUAGGACAGACUGUCUCUGGAGGACAGACUGUCUCAGUGCCUUCAUUGUCACAUUUCAGUCCACAGAUCCAUGAACCCCAUGUUUACACCUCCUCCUCCUCCUCCUCCUCCUCCUCCUCCUCCUCGUCCAAUCAGAACGCUUCCUCUCUCUGAUCAGCUGAUUGGUGGGGGUGUGUCCAGAGACACACACUGUGUCCACUCAAUCACUGGUUCUGUGUGUGUGUGGUUCUAUGUAUGUGUGGUAC